GGGACAGCACCUUGAUAACAUAACAGAUGCUUCUAGAUCUCAGAAGUCCACAGGCACAGAAGGGUCUUCAGUGACAUCUGGAUGUCAAGAGCAUCUAGCCAAUGGCAGGGCCAAAGAACGGCACAGCAGUAACGAGGUUCAUCCUUUUGGGAUUCUCAGACUAUCCAAGGCUCAGUGUUAUCCUCUUUCUGAUAUUCCUGGUGAUGUACCUUGUGACUUUAGCCUGGAACCUGAGCCUCAUCACCCUGAUCAAGGUUGACUCCCAUCUCCACACACCCAUGUACUUCUUCCUCCCCAACCUGUCCUUUCUUGACAUCUGCUAUGUUUCCUCCACAGUCCCCAAGAUGCUCUCAGACUUCUUCAAGGAGAAGAAGACUAUCUCCUUUGGGGGCUGUACUGCUCAGUACUUCAUUUUUUCUGGCAUGGGACUGAGCGAGAUUUGCCUCCUGGCUGCCAUGGCAUACGAUCGUUAUGCCGCUAUCUGCAACCCACUGCUCUACACAUCGAUCAUGUCUCCUACCCUCUGCGUGUGGAUGGUGGCUGGAUCAUAUAUGUGUGGAUUUUCUGGUUCCUUCAUCCAGCUGUGUUCAUUACUUCAACUCCAUUUCUGUGGGCCAGACGUGAUUCAUCAUUUUUUCUGUGAUCUGCCUCAGUUGCUGGUCCUGUCCUGUUCUGAUACCUUGGCCAUAAAGAUCCUCCUGUCUGUGUUGUCAAUGGUCUUUGGGGUACUAUCUGUCCUGAUCAUUAUGGUUUCCUAUGGUCAUAUUGUUGAGGCCAUCCUGAAGAUGAGCUCUGCCCAAGGUCGGUCCAAGGCCUUUAACACCUGUGCUUCUCACCUGAUGGCUGUGACUCUAUUCUAUGCCUCUGGUCUCUUUGUUUACCUGCGUCCCACCUUCAGUGACUCCUUCAGCCAUGACAAGGUGGCAUCUAUUUUCUACACAAUGAUCACCCCCAUGCUGAAUCCUUUGAUCUAUAGCCUGAGGAAUAAAGAGAUCAAAGAAGCACUGAAGAGGUGGGAGAAGAGAGUAUUUGCCUAA